AUUGGUUGCUAUGAUCUUGGAUGCCUGAACCUAGAGCACAAUAUUAGCUUUCCAGAAAACAUGGGGACCACGCCCAAAUCCUGUGCAGCGAGAUGCGAUGACAAAGGAUUUGUUCUCGCAUAUGUAUACCAGGGAUCUGGGUGUUCCUGUUCGUGCGAUGUAGAGUGCCUGGAAACCCCCGUGGAAGAUUAUAGAUGCGGAUUGCCAUGCCGACAGGACUUUAACCAAUUUUGUGGUGGACUGAAUACAAGUGCUGUGUAUAAAGUAAGGUCUCUAAACACCUCUCGGCCAAACAGUACAGAUGGAACAAAUCAGAGCGAUGACGGAUCCGACUGCGAGCCUCAGCAUUAUACCACACUUGUGUCAUUUCUUGUUAUCUCCUGCAUCAUCAUCUGCGCCUUGGUAAUCACGGUGGUUGUAUUUUAUCGACGGUUGAGAAAGGUUACGUCGUCCAGAAACCUAAGGAUGUACAGCAAGAAAAGCAGUAUUCGGCAGAUAAAUCGGCAUGCAACACACAGGCCGCAUGCCGUGGAGGACGGUGGUGAGCAUGAUCAUCAAGUUGAUGCGGGGAUGGUUUCACCUACGAAUCGAGGACAAGCCCCAAAUAGAGCACUGCAUGGUAGCCUGAGCAACGAUCCCCAGUCCCCUGCAGUUGACGAUGAACAGAUCUCACCUUACGAAAUGUCGUUUGAUCAAGGUGUAGAUCAAGGGGCAAUCUAUUCACCUCACUAUUCGACCCUGGAACGUACCGAUGUCGUCGCUUCAAACUUCGAGGGCUAUAAUGACGAGUACACACAGCCUGGUGUGGGUCUAGAUAUGAGAAAAACAACAGGAUUUGCGUGCGACAGAGACGGCUAUCUCUUACCAGGGUCAAGUUUGAAAGAAUCUACACCUAGGCAUAUCAUUCCUUAAACUGCAAGCUUCACGCAUCCCCCCAAAA